AUGAGCAAGGACGGCGACUCUGUCGCUCCUUUAUCUUCCAAACGCUCUCUUGGAACUGUCAACGGCAAAAAUAUCGAUGAUAUCGACCUUUCUGAGAAGGCCUUGAACCCAGUCUCCUCAAUGACAUUGACUGCUAACAUCCCUGCCAUUGAUGCCUCUGAUGUAGAGGACAAAAGCGUAUCUUUGCCUGCCUCGAAGGGCGUCAGGCUCAGAGCCAACAUACAGUUAGUGGCCCUCUGCUUUUCGGUGUUUCUCCUAGGGUGGAAUGACGGCCCGACGGGGCCGCUGCUACCAAGGUUCCAGUCCUUUUACCACGUCAACUAUACGGUCGUCUCCCUUAUCUUCAUAUCGAACUGUAUCGGCUUCAUCAUCGGGUCUGUCUCAAAUAUAUUUCUAACGGAAAGGCUUGGUUUUGGUAAAGUCAUCGUGCUGGGAUCUGUAGCUCAACUCGUCGGAUACUGUAUCCAAGCUCCGGCACCUCCUUUCCCAGGUUUCGUCAUUGCCUACACCAUCAACGGGUUCGGACUCUCACUGCAGGAUGCGCAAGCUAACGGCUUCGUCGUGAGCUACAAAGACAACGCUGAGGUCAAAAUGGGCAUCCUGCAGGCAACUUAUGGGUUUGGGGCUCUGGUGUCUCCGUUUGUAGCAAACCAUUUCGCACACGUGGAACACUGGUCGUACAUGUACCUGACCUCUAUCGGCGUCGCCUUCCUCAAUACGAUUCUUCUCGUCAGCGUAUUUCGGUUCAAAACACAGGACGAAUGCCUGGCUCAAGUUGGACAGGCCACGGGCGAAACCGGGACUAGUGAGGACAGCGCGUAUAGCCAGAUUUUCAAGCUCAAAGCUGUGCAUCUGCUUGCAUUUUUCAUCCUCGUGUAUGUCGGCGUGGAGGUCACCAUCGGAGGAUGGAUCGUCACUUUCAUCAUCAAAGCUCGAGAGGGGGGAACGUCGUCCGGUUAUAUCUCGUCUGGCUUUUUUGGCGGACUGAUGUUUGGACGCGUCGCUCUUAUUUGGGUGAACAAGAAAGUUGGCGAACGGCGCAUCAUAUUUAUCUACAUCUUGCUCUCGAUCGCCCUCGAGCUAGUCAUCUGGCUCAUACCCUCCCUUGUCGGCGACGCCGUCGCAAUCUCGCUCAUCGGUGUCCUCUUGGGGCCAAUCUAUCCCAUCGUGAUGAACGAAUCCGGGCGCAUGCUCCCUCCCUGGCUCUUAACAGGCUCGAUCGGGUGGAUUGCGGGUUUCGGACAGGCCGGCUCUGCGAUCUUGCCGUUCAUGACAGGCGCGAUCGCGAACAAGGCUGGGAUCCAGAGUUUACAGCCGCUGUGA